CACCACUAAUUCUAACCAAAUAUCAUCCUCGUCCAAUCGUCGCCCAAUUGUCUCCAGCGUCCAGCCAGCCUCCACGAACCGAACCAAGUGAACUCGGGAAGGGCUUGCGGCCGGUUCCAGCAGAUCAUGUCUUGGAUUGAGCUGUCCGCCUGAAUCAAUUCCACCUGUGCCGUGGUAACCGCCGGGAGUUCUGGGUUGUUUGGCUGCAUCCGUCCCCCUUGUGAGCUGGGUUGAGUGACCGCCUUGGCGACCGACUGGCCGCACAUCGCAUUGCAUCGCAUCGCAUCACGUCGAAUCGCAUUGUGCCGAAUCGCCCUGUCUCGGCUCUUGCACCGCAACUUGAACCGCAACACCACCGGAUCGGGACCCUGCGAGGCAGCCGAACUGCGCGGGGCUUCUUCCUCUCCCGUCGGCAGCUAAAGUUUGGGCUCUGCCCAGACUGGUCUAUCGGCUGUUAUGGCUUCGUUCCAGUCGACCAUCUCGAAUCUUGCGUCGCGGACUUCCAGCAGCAACACCCCGACCACUGCCAACAGCGUCGUUGGCAACGGGAACAACACCAAUGCGACGAUACCCAAGCGACGCACCUCGCUAGCAUCAUUCCCCUCGUCGCGCUCGACCUCUCAGAUGUCCCAGCCCUCGCCGCCGCCGUCGAGGUCGCCUUUUCCCCCGGCCCUCGACCCUGAUCGUGUCUCCGACCCGAGUUCAAAGUCCAAGACGCCCUCAAGUGGCUUGUCGUCGCAGCACUCGUCCCUGUCUGCGCCGCGCCGUAUCAAUGCCGAGGGUCGUCCCUCGAGGAAGCUUCGAUCGCAAUAUCCGCGGACGUCAACCGAGAACCAUGUCGAGUAUAUUCUUGUCGCCUCCUUCGAUAUCGAUCGGGGCCCGAUUAUGGAACACCAAUAUCCGGUUGCCAUUACUGGGGACGAGAACAUGUUGGCGGAGCUGAUGUUGCCCGAUCAGGCCCAUGCCCGCAACCAGGACUGGACCAUCUUCUUCCUCCACAAGGAUACCAGCCAAGAGGAGGAAGACGAGGAGCGCACAGCCAAGGAGGAACGAAGAAGGCGGCGCAGGAGGAGGCGUGACAGGGCCGCAGGGAUAAUCGACGAGGAAGACGAAGACGACGAGGAUGAUCUCUUGGAGGAUGAAGAAUGGGACGACGACGAUGACGACGACUCCUCGUCUACCGAUAGCGAGCCUGAGGGCGGCGAGGGCCCUCCACUGAUUUAUGUGCUGAAUCUGGUCAACACGAAGCAUGACAAGACGGUCAAGCGAGGCGCCAUUGUCAAAGCCAUGGCCAUCUGCACGCGCCACCCCUUCUUGCAUAUAUACAAGCCCUUACUAUUAUUAGCCCUGGAGGAAUACUUCAAGUCGCCUGUUCCGGAGACGCUGGCCAUGCUUUAUGAUGCUGUCAAUGCCAUGGACUUGUCGCUUAUGCCCAAACUUAGCAUCCUCGAGAGGUAUUUGCUUCAAGCGAGCGACAACAAAGACUUGUUUGUGGAGAAGUUUGAACAGAUGAUUCAGCUGCGUAUAGCCGAAGACCAGGCCGAGGAUCCCAUCGACCAAACGUUGGACACAAGUCGUAGUCCCCCCAAACCGACAGGCAUAUCGCGAGCUGGCACCAAGGCCCAUGUUGAGGGCGGCCAGUCGAUUUACUCCGUUCCCCGUGACACUCACGAAUUCGAGAGCAAGGUCAUGUACAAGGGCAUCCCCAUCCCUAUCAAAGUCCCGGUGGCAGUCAUGCCGGAGACGGUCGGUGAUUUCUCCCUCAUCAAGCUCAUCCAGAACAUUUCGGAUACACACAUCAAAUCUCCACAGCCGUUUUCGUUGCAUCCCCAUCUGACAACGAAUGGCGUUAAUACGCACCCCGUUAUUAUUCUUGCAAAUGCCCUGUUGACACAAAAGAGAAUCAUCUUUCUGGGGUACAACAUGCCUUCGGGCGAGGUCGCAGAAGCUGUGCUUGCCGCUUGUGCUCUAGCUUCGGGUGGUAUUUUGCGCGGCUUCACACGUCACGCUUUCCCAUACACCGACUUGACCAAAGUUGAUGACCUGCUGAAUGUUCCCGGAUUCAUCGCUGGUGUGACAAACCCUACGUUCGAGCAUCACCCUGAGUGGUGGGACAUUCUUUGUGAUCUACCCAGUGGCAGGGUCAAAAUAAGUAGCAGGAUUGACGCCGCCCCCGUCACCGAGGGCCUGGUUUACUUCCAGCAGCAGAACUCGGCCUUUGCCAAUGUUGCAAGCGGGACCGCCAACAACACUCAGGACUUGACUGGUGAUAAUGCGUUCAUGGCCGAUAUCCUCCGUAGCAUGGCGGCAAGGCACGGUGAGCGUGUUAUCCGUGCCAAGUGGCGCGACUGGGUUAGCAAGUUUACUCGUAUCGCCGCCCAAUUCGAGGAGAGCGUGUAUGGCGCGAGUGCUCUUUACAUUGGGGGCGAUGACCAGGAUUUGAUGCCGGCGGGCGUCAAUGGGCACGGCUAUGUCUGGCCUGACGACACAGCGAAGCAUAAGGAGCUCGCUGGUAAUGUCACAAGGAUUGAGGGCUGGCGCAACACCCGCAGCUACUACAGCUUCAUCCAGGACCUCGCCCAGGUUUAUACAGUCAGGCCGUUGAAGGGCUUGGAUCUUGCCCACAUGCAUGACCGCCUGCGCAUGCAACGUCUCUCGCCCGCGCAGAGCAAGGACAUCUACGAAACAUUCUCAAAGCAUAUCCGCACGUAUGAUGAAAUUUGUCUUCUGCUCAGUGUGGCACCCGAGUCCCAUGCAGGACUCUUCUACAUCGCACUAGGACUAUUCCACAAGGAUCGCGAUGUGCGAAAUGACACUGCCGACUUGCUGGAUCGUAUCUCCGAGCACGAGGCGGGCCAACAUUGGUGGAAGAGCAUGAGCCGGUUCGAGAAACUAGCAUAUCAUCGCAUUCGGCGCGAGGCCGAGGCUGAACGUAUAAGGCAAGAAGGUGGUGAUACAAUAAGUCCUGUCGUGGAUAAUAGGGUUAGCUAGACGUUGAGAAUCGGCGAAAGAGGAGGAGGGAGCAACGCGUCAUUGAUGGAGUGGCAUUUGUUCGGGAAUCGGGUCAUAUAUCUUUCCAUCUUCAACCUACGGGUAGACACUGUCGCAACUUAUCAUCACUCCUAGCCAUUACUCAUCUAGGCGGCGUUGUCAGAUUCACGGGGGAGACAAGGGGAGCAAAGUCAUGGGUUCUACGGGUUUGAUGAGCAUGUUAUUGAUGAGCGAAAUGGGACUAUGUCUCGAAUAUUUUAGU